CCUUCCUACACCCCCUUCCCCCCCCCCUUCCUCCUGCCGCCUGAAGCCGGGCGCCGCUGGCGAUGGAAGGGGAUGGCUUACGCGUGGCGGAGCUGGCGGCGGUGCUGCAGCAGGAGCUCUCGAUGGUGCGCCGCUCCAUCGAGGAGACGGGCGCGCAGGCAGACCUACUCGCGCACCGCGUGGCGAUCAUCGAGGCCGGCCCCGCCACGCCCCACGGCUGCCCGGCGCCACCGCGAGCCGCCGCCUGCGCGCCCACCGCGGCGGCGGCCCCUUCCGAGGCCGUGGAGAACCCGACCUUGCUGAAUCGGCGACCUUCGGGAUCGCUGGCCACGGGGCUCUGCGACAGGGGAGCGGACGCAAAGCCGAACCUGCCGAGCCAGGAGGAUCGCGGCGGCCGCGCGGCGCGCUCGCGGUCCGCCUCGCCCGCCGCCGCCCCGGCGCCGGCGCG